AUGGACAGCUGGUCCUAUUUUCAAGCCAGCUGGGAUUUGGCGCCUUUGCACCUCAUCGCCUUGUUCGUUCUGCUCCUGGUGGUUCUUGCGCUGAGAAGGGCCAAGGUGGAGAAGCCCGGCGCCAUCAUCUCGCUGCGCCCGAGCCGCGUCGUCGACAAUGACCGCGUGGUCAUCUUCGACUUCGAUGGGGUUCUCACCUCCCAGGAGAGCUGCGGGGGAUCGGUGCGCUCCGCGGCCCAGCGGCGGCGGAUCUUCGGCGGCGCUGAGCGGCUGGAGCUCCUGGAGGUCUUCCUGGAGGAGCUCUCCCAGUCGGCGAGGCUGGGGAUGGUGUCCCGCAACCAGCGAGCCGUCAUCCAACAGGCCUUGGGGCCCAUGGCCCAGUUCUUCGGGGCGGAGCUCAUCUUCGGGCGCGAGGACUUCGAGCUCGCGGUGCCCAAGAGCCAGGUUAUCGAGACGAUCCUGGAGAGGAACUGCCUGGCGAGGAAAGACCUGCUCUUCAUAGACGACAUGUUCCUGAAUGUGAGCGACGUGUCCCAGCACUGCAAAGUGGACACCAUGCAUGUUCGAAAGUGCGGCAUGGAUAUCUGGGACUUCGAGUACGUGCUGACCUGGGCGCGGAAUGCCAUGGACGUGAGAGGUACUUGA